AUGUCGGAACACGAGUUCAUCAAAAAGUGUUUGGUUUGCGGCGACAGAGCUAUCGGCAACAAUUUCGACGCCCUUUCGUGUGAGAGCUGUAAGGCCUUCUUCAGGAGGAAUGCCGUCAAAAACAAAGAAUUGAAGUGUCAUUUCGACGACAACUGCGAGAUCGAUGUCUUAACGCGAAGAUUCUGUAAGAAGUGUCGGCUCAAGAAGUGCUAUACAAUCGGAAUGAAAAAAGAUUGGAUCCUUUCGAGCGAAGAGAAAAAGGUGCGAAAGACAAAGAUCCAGAUGAAUAAGACGGCGCCCAAGAAACGCAAGGGCAGUGUUGUGUCCAAUCAGGACUCGUCGUCGUCCUCGCAAUCCAACGCCAAUUCACCGCAGAGUACGGACACCAACGCAAACACCGCCGCAAUUGACGACAUCAUUGACAGCAUAAUCACAGCACCCAUUGAUAUACCCGACACUUUCGGCGAUCUCGACGGACUCGACAUCGAUAUCGAUGACAUCAAUACACAGAUUAUGGAAAUCGAGAAUUAUAUCAAAAGCGAUGAUAACAGCGCUGUCGUCGACGACGACCACAACGACAGCGACUAUCACUACAAACAGGAGUUGGCGGACAACGACGACGAAGACUCGGAUGAGAUCUCGGAUCUGGUUUACCAAAGGGCCGCAGAGCUUGAGUUUACAAUAAUACCGAUCGCUCGGCCGAUGGCCAACAAAUUCACGCUCAACGACCUCGAAGUGUUCAAACUGUCGGAACUGUUGAGCGCCACCGCCUUCUUCAACGAACCCCCGGCGCCGAUCACCUCACAGAUGAUGACCUGCGAAGACGUGGGCAAAGUGUUGUGCUCGAAGACCGAAGAGCAGGUCCGCCGUGUCAUCCGUAUGGCUAAGAGUUUGUCCACUUUCAACGUGGUGGACGAGAACGAUAAGAUCUCGCUCAUUAAGUUUGGCGCUAUGGAUCUGUAUUGCAUGCGUUCGGUCCCUCAUUUUGAUCCCAAUAACGACCAUUGGGUUUAUACUAUGUUGUCAGUGAUCACACUUUUUAACCCGGAUCGGCCCAAACUUGUGAACAGAGAGUUUGUUAAGUAA